CUCCUCUCCGGCGCAGUGAUCGCUGUGAGUGCUCAGGCCGUGGUGAAUGAGACUGAAGAAGAGUUCUUGUUUUGUACCUCAGUUUCUCCUCUUUUUUGGACCCGUUCUAUUUAAACUAGUUCGAAACCCGUCCGGAUCUGCUCUCCUCUCUCCCCCAGAGACCCGGGGAGCCUCUGUCGGCGCUGAGGCCACGCUGCGGACGCGGCGGAGUGGUUAUUGGGUUGUUUUUAAUAAUUAUUUAAUUAAUUGUGAGAGGAGGAGAAGAGGACCGCCGCUGCUCUGCCAGCAGUGCUGCAGUGGCACCCAGUUGAAAGCAAACUGCGCUUCUUUGAUGCUUCAAUUGGAUGGUCUUCCAACAGGAGCGGGUGGUAAGGCUGAACUUUGCCCUGACCCAGCUGUGAGACUGAGUGGACCCAUGAUGGAGCUCCAGAUCUUACAGGAGGCUCUGAAGGUGGAGAUCCAGGUCCAUCAGAAACUGGUGGCUCAGAUGAAGCAGGACACAGAGAAUGCUGAUCUGAAGAAACAGCUCCAUGAACUCCAAGCCAAAAUCACAGCGCUCAGUGAAAAACAGAAAAAGGUGGUGGAGCAGCUGAGGAAGGAGAUUCUGGUGAAGCAGGACCCGGAGAGCAAGCUGCCAGUCCACGGCCCACCAGGAGGGGGCGACCACAAGCUGGGAAGCCAGCCAAUGGGGGGUGACAACAAACAGGCUGGCCUUCUAACUCUGACCGUCACCCCGGUCCUCACGAAGACGAUACCUCUGGUCCUUAAAGCUGCAGCCACACCCACCCUACCGGCCGCAGUCCUGCCACAACGUACCCCUGCCGUUGCUAUGGUAACCACAGCCAUCAGCAAAUCGGACUCCAUGAAUGCCCCAAUAAACCUCCAGGUCACCGGCAAACCGACCAAUCAGAUCUCUGAGCCGGUGCGCCUCGUGGUGCAGGCUACCGCCAACUCCUCAGCCCAGCCAAUCAAAGUUCCUCAGUUUGUCCCUCCUCCUAGACUGACGCCUCGGCCCUCUUUACAGCCACAGGUCCGCCCCAAGUCCGUCCCGGUCACCAACGUGGCCAUCGCCCCAGCCCCGCCCCCCAUGAUGGCGGCGCCCGCGCUGCACCAGAGGCCUGUGAUGGUGGCAGCCAAGAUCGGGCCCUCCUCCGUCACCCCCAUCCACCAGCUGCGCAUCCUCAAUGGCCAGACCCCACCCACCACCCUGACGGGCAUCGUCAUCACCACCAGCGCCCGGCUAAACACCGCCCCCCACGGCGCCACACAGCCAAUCGGGAGUCCGGCGCCGCCCCCUCCCAGCUCCACACAACCAAUCAGCAGCCUGGACGCGGCCAAGAUGGUGAAGUUGGUGGGAGGACGAGAGCUCAAGACGGUAGUCUCCACCCCCUCUUUAACCCCGCCUCCCCGACAAAAGAGGGAGGAUAAUCCACAGAAACUGGCCUUCAUGGUGUCUCUGGGGCUGGUGACCUACGACCACCUGGAGGAGAUACAGAGCCGGCGGCAGGAGAGGAAACGCAGAACCACAGCCAACCCGGUGUACAGCGGCGCUGUGUUCGAACCCGAGAGGAAAAGAAGUGCAGUGAGCUAUCUCAACAGCCCUCUUCAUCAAGGGACCAGGAAAAGAGGUCGCCCACCCAAACACACCAACGUGCCGGAGCUGUGCAGCCUCACCCCGACUCCCCCCUCCAUCACGGCCCCCGACCAGCCCUCCCCCGCCCCCCCAGCCCACACCCUCCCCCUGCCUAGCCCCGCCUCCGGGGAUGGAGACGUCCAUGAGGACUUCUGCACUGUGUGCAGGCGCAGUGGGCAGUUGCUCAUGUGCGACACGUGUUCGCGUGUUUACCACCUGGACUGCCUGGACCCCCCGCUGAAAACCAUUCCUAAAGGCAUGUGGAUCUGUCCCAAAUGUCAAGAUCAGAUCUUAAAGAAAGAAGAGGCCAUCCCAUGGCCUGGCACCCUGGCCAUCGUUCACUCCUACAUCGCCUACAAAGAAGCUAAAGAGGAAGAGAAACAGAAGCUGAUGAAGUGGAGUUCUGAGCUUAAGAUGGAGCGAGAACAACUGGAGCAGCGAGUCAAACAGCUCAACAACUCCAUAACAAAAUACAUGGAAAACAAAAACAACAUGCUGGCCCGUCAGAAGGAGAUGAGCCAGGCCCUGGAGAAGGUCAAACAUCUGGUCCGUCUCAUCCAGGCCUUCAACUACAACAAGGCUCUUUUGGAGACGGAGCCCAUUGUCCCCACGGUGCAGGUCCCUGCAAUGCAGGUCCCCGCAGUGCAGGUCCCCGCAGUGCAGGUCCCCACCGCGCAGGUCCCCACCGAGCUGGUGCCCACCGCGCAGGUCCCCACCGAGCUGGUGCCCACCGAGCUGGUGCCCACCGCGCAGGUGCCCACCGCGCUGGUGCCCACCGCGCAGGUGCCCAGCGUGCUGGUGCCCAGCGUGCAGGUGCCCAGCGUGCUGGUGCCCAGCGUGCAGGUGCCCAGCGCGCUGGUGCCCAGCGUGCAGGUGCCCAGCGCGCUGGUGCCCAGCGUGCAGGUGUCCAGCAUGCAGGUGUCCAGCACGCUGCCCACCGUGCAGGUGUCCAGCGCGCUGCUGCAUACCGCGCAGUUGGCCAGUGCGCAGUUGCCCAGCGCGCAGUUGGCCACCGCGCAGGUCCCUACCGCGCAGGUCCCUACCGCGCAGGUCCCUACCGCGCAGGUCCUCACUGUGCAAGUCCCAACAGCGCAGUUCCCCAACUCGCAGUUCCCCGUCGCGCAGGUCCCCGUCGCGCAGGUCCCCGUCGCGCAGGUCCCCGUCGCGCAGGUCCCCGUCGCGCAGGUCCCCGUCGCGCAGGUCCCCGUCGCGCAGGUCCCCGUCGCGCAGGUCCCCGUCGCGCAGUUCCCCGUCGCGCAGGUCCCCGUCGCGCAGGUUGUCCCCCACGCGCAGGUCGCCCCCGUCAAGCAGGCCAUCCCCACCGCGCAGGUCCCCACCGCGCAGGUCUUUGUGGCAGAGGUCACUACAAGGCUUGUCCCCGUCGCGGAGGUCCCCGCCACGCAGGUCCCCGCCACGGAGGUCCAACCUCCUGUGGAAACGGAGGCCGGUGUCCCCCCCGCAGAGCCCCCGGUGGUGGCAGUGGAGUCGGGGGAGGCUGCGGUCGCAGCCCCGCGGCCCUCUGCUGUGGCCCGACCAGCGGAGCAGGAGGAGGUCCGGGACCCCAUCCCUCAGAUACACGCAGAGACCAGCGGGGCGUGCCCUGAGGAGGACGACCCCCAGGGGCCCGGGGGGCCCGCUGUAGAGACCAAGGCGGGGCCGGGCGGCUCGAAGGCGGCUGCCACCACCAACGGUACGGCCGAGUCCGCCGCUCACGGGGCCGGCGCGGCCCCCAGGGCGGAGGGCACCUCGGGGGCCUGCGGGGCCUCAGAGGCGGCGCCAGAGGUAGAGGCGACCGACGGCAACAACAGCAAAACCUCAGGGUCGCGCCGCCCCCCCCUCCUGGACCCACUCUGUACUCUGGACACUAAGAAGUAA